AUGGGCUAUCUCUUCUAUUCAAUAACCUUCCUCUUCCUCGUCGGCGCAACCGCGCUAUACCUAACCAAACACCUCUGGAUUGCUCGUGCCCCACCGAUUCCCUACCUCACAGCNCCCGGCCACAUCCCCGAGCCCCUUUGGCGACUAUCUCAAUCCCUUCAGCGACUCAACCCCUUUGCCCAAAAUGCCUACAUCAGUCUGGGCCAAAAUAGCUUCGAAGACGACAUUGAAGCCGGCUUCAGCAGUGCGAACUUUGACUUGAGAGAAAAUGUUGAAGGAGGAGAUGGCAGACAGGGCUUGGAUGAGCAAGGGAAGGAGAGAGUCAAGGCCAUUAUGAAGAGCAGAGGAUGCGGGUUUGACGAAGCGAGAAGAAUAGUCAUGGAAGAGAGGUUUGGACGGGAGAAUAUUGGCAAGGAUGGCAGGCCGAGAGAUCCAAAGGCUGUCAUGUUUGAUCGUCUGUGA